CAAUGGGCGCGGGCGAUGGUGGGAAGUGAGCGGCGGGGCGGGCGGGCCGCCUCGGGGCCCCUCGCAGUGCGGGAAUUUCGGACGGGGCGGAAGGAGCGGCGGCCGGGCCUGGGCACGGAGAGGUGUUGGAAGCGGCGUCUGCUUUUAAGGUGGAAGAUGCCAUAUAAUAAGAAGACUGCUGGAAAAAGAGCCCCUGCAAAAAGGAAGCUUGCUGAGGUGUUUGCUCUGGGGGAGGUUCUAGCAGAUACAUCAAGAAAAGAAUGGAAAUUAGGUGUCCCUAUAGGGCAAGGAGGCUUUGGACGCCUGUACCUUGCUGAUGUUAAUUCUUCGAAGUCGGUUGGCAGUGAUGCACCUUAUGUUGCAAAAGUGGAACCCAGCCAGAAUGGACCUCUUUUUACUGAGUUAAAGUUCUACAUGCGAGCUGCUAAACCAGAUGAAAUUCAGAAGUGGACUAAGUCCCAUAAACUGAAAUAUUUAGGUGUACCAAGAUAUUGGGGUUCUGGCUUGCAUGAAAAAAAUGGAAACAGUUAUAGAUUUAUGAUAAUGGACCGGUUUGACAGAGAUCUCCAGAAAACAUAUGAAGAGAAUGCAAAGCGAUUUCCCCAUAAAACUGUACUACAAUUAGGCCUGAGAAUACUUGAUAUUCUGGAAUACAUCCACGAGCAUGAAUAUGUGCAUGGAGACAUCAAGGCCUCAAACCUUCUUCUGAGUUACAAGAACCCUAAUCAGGUGUAUUUAGUAGAUUACGGACUUGCCUACCGAUACUGUCCUGAUGGAGUUCACAAAGUGUAUAAAGAAGAUCCUAAAAGGUGUCAUGAUGGAACUAUUGAAUAUACCAGUAUUGAUGCACACAAGGGUGUGGCACCAUCAAGACGUGGUGAUUUGGAGAUCUUGGGUUAUUGUAUGAUUCAUUGGCUUAGUGGCCAUCUACCAUGGGAGGAUAAUUUGAAAGAUCCAAAUGUUGUCAGAGACUCAAAAAUCAGAUGUAGAGAUGAUAUUUCAGUUUUGAUGGACAAAUGCUUUCCUGGGAAAAAUAAACCAGAUGAAAUAGCCAAAUACAUGGAAAAAGUGAAGCUACUGAGCUAUGAAGAGAAACCCGUUUAUCAGCAUUUCCGAGAAAUACUUCUGCAAGGUCUUAAGGCCAUUGGGCAAAAAGAUGAUGGAGUACUUGACUUUGGCUUGUCAGAGAAUGGAGACUUACGGACAAAUUCCACACAAAAGAAAAAAAGAAAGGCAGCAGCUGUGACCAAUGAGAGCACUGAAGCAGAAAUGGAAGAUGCAGGAAGUCCACAAAAGAAGAAACCUACUUCUUCUAAAUAUGCUGACUCCUCAGGACUUCUUCAUCACAGUGUGUUAAACCAGGGGCUGGCAGCAGCAGCUUCCAAGAGUGAGUGUAUUUAAAGUCAAGGAAAGGAUCAGCUAUAAGGAUAGGAAAUGCUGAAGCUACUUUUCAGGUAAUUUGGCAUAGUUUCAGUGUCGCCUGUAAAAAAUCAUAGGCAGAUAAAGCAGGAUUAUUUUAAGUCCAAGAUCAGAAAUCUUCAGUAGGUCUAUAUAAGAUAAGCUCAUGGCGAGUGUCCAGUCACACUGUUUUCUGGAUCUAACCUUCUAACUCCUGCAUGUAGAGAUGAACUGAAUUCAAGUAGUUGCAAAGAUAUUUUUAAAAAGACCAGAUGUUGUCAUGGUUAAGUAGUAAUAAAGCAUAGCACUGGAGUCUACCCCAAAACAAAUCCACUUGUUUAAAAAAUGUUUGAUGGAGGAGUAUGGCAGAAUGGGAAAUGUAGCAUUUCAAAGACAGUAAUGUUAUUGGUAAGUUAUAGGUUUAUCCUAGUGCAUUUACUCAAACAGUAUGGUACAAAGUAUAAGUAAUUAAGCUGAUGUUAUUGCAGAAGGUGACACUGCUCUGUUCAUUUUCAGCUGUUUGCAUGGUAGAAUUUGAUCAUCAAAAUCAGUGAUUAUUUCUCUUACUUGAAUGCCUUUUGAAUUGUUGACUUCAGUUUAUUAUGAAUUUUCCAGUCUGUCAGUGGCUGCAAAAGUGUUAAUUAGAGUAUAUUUUCUUUUGAGGAAAUACAAUUAUUUGUUAUGAUAAUGAUGUUCGCAGUUUUAGCAUUUUAGAUUUUAUUUAAGACCUUAUAACAAAUUAUUUAAUGUAGCUGACUGUUUUCUGGUUGUGAUUUGAUACACAGCAUACACUUAAUUUCAUAUUAUAUUUUAUACUUAUUUUUUUCCUGGGAUUGUAGGUUGACAUUCUCAGAGAUGAAAAAGAACUUGAAGAAUUGUAAUCUAACUAGUAGCAUCAGCUUUUUGUAAAUGCUAAGUUUAUUCAGACUAAGUGAAGGUAUUUGGGGAGCUAUAUGUAUUUUCAGCAUCCAGUGGUUAAAAUAAGCUUAAAUUUAAACCUUCUCUUACCAAUUCAGUAGAGUUAAGGGUGAAAUGGUUCUAUUUUCACCUUUUUAUACUACCCAAUUUAAUGAAUACCAGGUGGGGGGAGUAUAUAAAAUGAUUUCAGGUGAAAAGUGAUACAUGUGCUUACUCAUUUUGUUCUCUCCAAAUUCAGAAUUAAAAACUUUACCCCUUAUUACAUGAUUCAUAAAUCUGUGUUGAAGGAAAGGGCAACUGUUUCAUAAUCUUAUGGGUUUUUUUAAUGCUUUUGAGAAAUUGAAAAUAGCUGAUUAUUAUAGAAAAACAUAAAACUCUGUUAAAUCUGAAGAGUUUUAUGUUUACCAGGGACUUGUUUCUCUGUUAAGUGAUUAGUCCUGUGACUAAAAAAAAAUCCUGAAGUUUAUUGACUAGUGAAAUGAAUAAUUUCUUGAUACCUCUUAAUUAUAGAAAUUGAGGUUUAGACAUACAGAAACAAUUUAAAAGUUUGUGAAAUAUUAUUUUAUUGAUUUCUAAAAGGGAAUAAAUAUGGCCAGACAGGUUACUCUUCAGGUGGUCAAAGAACAUCUCAUAAGUAUUUGCUCUUAAAAUGGUGGCAAAAAGAGCCACGCAGCCUCUUGCUGUUCAGCUGCUCAGCAUUAACCGUAUCUGGCUGUGCAGUUUGUCUAAUACAGCCCAAAAGAAUAGUUGUCCCACAAGGAUCCCAAUCAGCCGUGCAGCAGUUGAGUCCUCCAGGAUGCUCAGUGGCUACAGGGGCUCUGCCAGUAACCAAAUCUGCUGGGGCUGGGGAGCCCCCAGGCUUGGGAAAGGAGGAAGAAAGAACAGGAAUGAGAAACAUGGGUGUCUUGAAAUUCUUUCCGCCUGCUCCCCGGGUUGUUCACAGUGUGGCCACUGCAGAUGAGUUCAGCCAAGGCCGUCUCUUUCAGUCAUGUCAGCCACCGGUGUUUCUGGAGCUGGCAAGUGAGAGGAGGGUGUUACAUUCUCCUUUUUAUAAUUUCAGAAAGUCCUCAAGAAACAAGCUGUGUUGUACUUCUAAAAUAAGAUGCACAAAUUUUGUGGAAUUCUUAAAUUGUUUUUAAUUUAAAUUAGCAUUUUAUCAGUCUCUUUUUUUUUUUUCUUCCCUCUGAUAACUGGAACUCAUAUGCUUUCCUGAAAGUUGGAAUUUUAAGAGGUAUCCUUUUUAAAGUAAUACGGAUGAUGCUGAAGUAUAUUAGUUAAUGUCUGUCCACCAGGCAAAAUGCAAUCAGAAGAGAUUAUUUGUAUUUAAACAAAAAGGUUUUCUCACCCUCUGUUACAGCUCUGUUUUCAGUUAUUAGCGGCCUUCAUGUAUGAUAAUAAAAUAUCCAGGCUUGUAAGUGAUGAUACUAUUAAAGCAGGACACCAAAUUUUGGCAUACACUGUAUGUAUCCAACAACACUUAUGCAGGGGUGUACUGUAUAAUAUUAAUAGGACUAAUAUGCUUGUUUUUAACCAGUUUGUAUGGAAUAGGCAGCUAGUAUAGGGAACUUUGAAAAUGGCAUAAAUGAUGGAAAAAUAAGAGCUUAAUGAAAAUUUGUAAAUAAUCCUAGCUUCAAAGUUACCAACAGAGGUAGAACUCUACCACUGGCAGUCUUCUUUAAUGUUGGGGUUGAUGAAGAUUGGGUUAUAGAAAUAUAUACAUAUAUAUGUAUUUUAGAAUAGAUUUUUUUUUUUUACACCAGCCUUUUUAGUUUCUAAUGUGAUUUUUUUAAAAAUAAUUUUAGGUUUUAUUAACUGAACAGUAUAGAAAGAAAUAUUCAAGUAAACAUGACAAUGAAAGUACAGUGUUUUUUUUAAUGGUCAGGACUGCCAGGGGUAGGAAUUAUGCAUGUCUGUAUUGCUGGGUAUGAUCCAGUAUGGUAAGGCCCUAACUGGGAUCUUUGGUUACUCUUACAGUAUAAAUAAAGAACUUUGUGAACAGCUCUGACAUAAAAAACAGUCAUACUGGUUGAUUGGUUAGAAGGCAUUCCUAAGUGGAGGUUUAAUAGCAUUUCUCAAUUAAUAGAUACUUAGCUUUAUGUUUACUUGCAUUGCAUGGCUUUGCAUAAAUCAGUAUGUGGGUUGUUGUCUUAGAAAUCUUUUUUUUUUUCCUUAUUCACACAAGAUUUAUUACUUUAAGUUGGAUUAAAUCUACUUUUAGUCUCAUUUUUAUAUUUAGAGAAUUAUUGGUCUUGUCAUCAAGCUUUAGGAGAAAACAAAUCAUACAGUUCUUCUGAGGUUGUUUAUGACGCCAAUUUGUUACUUGUCUUUCUACUUCACACCAAUGCCCACGUUACAGGUAGAUUUCUUUACCUCUUGUUUUUAAACCCUAAUACAAACAUUUUCAGCAAAACCUGUACUGUACAGUAGGUCUAAUUGCCUGUAUACAUCUGUAUUGGUAAGGUACUCCAGGAGUAAGUGGCUGUUAGUCUUAAAACAGUGUAUCCAUCUCUGUGACUAGUCACCAAAAGGUCUGUCCCUUUCUGCACCAUUCCUAGCCUACCGUUACCUGUCUUGGGGGUGCUGCAAGUUAAGUGUUCUGGUAUCAGAGUUAUGUGAUCUGGUUUUAGAAGUUAAAAGCAUGUACUGCUAUGUUGUAUCUAGAAGUUAACAGGAAGAUUCAGGUUUUUGAGAAGAGAAACGCUGCUCUGGGUUGUCAGAAAAGUUGACAAACUUGCUUCUGUAUUCUGCAUUAAGUAUAUUCAAACAGAACAUGAAGUAAUCUGUCUUUUUUAGGCCUGUCCCAAAAUUGUUUGAGGAUCUCGAAAGCUAUUUAAAUUGGAAAAGAUGUGAUAGGAGGUGGUAUUUAAGUAUAAAGGUCCUUAAAUACUAUGGGUAGGAAGGUUAAAAAAAUUAGAUAUUAAACAAAUAUAUCCUUGUGGUUCUUCCUGAAUAAUGGUUUUCUGUGACAAUUUGCAAGUGCCAAAUACACUAAGAAGCACCUUGAACAUGUGCCAAUUACAAUAAUGAAGAGUCAAAAUUAAUGUUCAAGAUGUAAAGAAUGAGUGUGUUCCUGUUUGCUCCCGUGUCUGCUUGGAACACAGUUUUCUAGUUAGUCUUCCUUUAUAUUUUAAGCUUGUUUUUCUGUGCAACGUCUUCAGACCACUUCUAGCACUUAAAUGUGUUUAAGUUUGAAAUGUAAAUACAUUUAAGUUCCAUGUUAUGCUUCUUGGGACUUUCUCUUAUUUGCUGCUGAUAAAAAGUACUAAAUUAAAACAGAACAAAACACCUGAGGAAAAUUUUCUGUGGGAUAAGGUUUUGUAUAAUGACUUUACAUGUAGAACUAAGUAGUUGAAGAGUAAAAGUGAUGUCUGCUUUUUUGUUGUUUUUCUGUGACCUGAAGAUGCAUUGCAGCAUGCUGAACAAGUAAGUGUUGCAAUUCAAACUCGGGUAUAAAAUUUGCAAGGGAAAGGAAAGGAAAGGAAAAAAGAAAAAAAGGAAAGAAAGAAAAAUUGUACUGCAGUGACUCCAAUUUUUACAGGCAACUAAGCUUUUUCAAGAUUGCAAGUAAUAUUAUUUGAAUUAAACUUUGUUCCUCCUGCAAAUUGCUGGGCUAUUUUUAAACACAUGCUGCACGAGACUACUGGUUUACAUGUGUAUGUAAAAUUUUGUUUUGGAAUGUCUUCAGUAAAGCAAUUUUUGGAAGUAAAUCAGCUUGAAUUUCAUGUGCAACAGUUUUACGUUAAAAUUUUUAAAAGAACACUCAUAGAUUCAAUGUUUUAUUUAGGAAAUAAACAGGCAUAAAGUAAUCAAAUUAUACAUUCUUGUGCCCCAAUGUUUUUUCAUAUUAUCACGUGGAAAUGUAUUGACUUGAUCUGUUGCAGGAAAGAGAGGACUUGGAAACACAGAAUACCUUAACUUAAACCCUAUCCCACAACUCUACCGACUUUAUUCUUUCUCCUCUCCACUCUACAAUCAUAUAUUUCCUGGAAUACAAGUCCAUAUUUUCAUUCAUCUCUCUGUUCUUCUUUCUGAAUCAUACUUCCAAAUUUUUGUAGAGAAGAGAACUGCUGAGAAAAGAGAACCUCUGUUAUUUUAUAGAAAUGUUCACUUUUUGACAUAAUUGUAGCUUUCUCUUACGGGUAAGAUUUAUGUGUGUUUCUGAAACAGUGUAUGUAAAAACAGAAAACAAGAUGAAAAGGGACAUCAAGAGGUGAUCUGCUAUAUACACCAGCCUAAGGACAAGCUUAUGUAUCUACAUCUGUGUUAAUAUUGAUGUAUACCAAUAUUUUCUAUCAAAAGCUCUAUGAUUAGUUUUCUAAAGCAUCCCUGCUCAACACCUUAACUAUCCUUACUACUAAAAAGACUUUGAGAAAGCAGAAUAUUUUCUUCUGAUAAUUUUGUACCUAAUAUGAGUUUCCCUUAAGCUUUUGUGUUGUCCUAUCCACUGUAGACAUGAAAAUUGCCACAUAAAAUGAGAGCAACCUUUUGCACAUUUGAUGAGUACAAAAGGCUGCACCAUCACAUCUCUCUUCCUUUUUUUUCCUCCUUUCUUCAGAUAAACUAGUUCUAUUCCUUUAAUUUUCUUGUUUUGUUAGAGAGCUGGAAACCAUGAUCACCACUCCUGAUUUUUUUUUCCAUAUUUCUCAGAACUUCCUUGAAGGAUAGAGCCCAAAACUACACAUAAUACUGCUGAGUUUCUUCUGUAAAGUUGCUUUAUAGUACUGUUUGCACAGAGAGGAUCAGAUAUCAGAGUCAACUUGUCUAAUAAUUCCUCUAGAGCCUGUGGGACUCUUUAUGCCUCUGCCGAACUUUGUUUCAGUCUCAAAACAAGCUGUGCAGUGACACCAUCUGGUUUAUUUUUGCCUAUAUAAUUCUUCCUCAUUUAAAUUGCUUUUUCAACCUAAUUCAGUUUAAUGUGCUUUAUAAAAAUCCUCUCCUUUGCUUGUAAUAGCUUUGUUUGUGUCCUCAUUUGGUGCUGCCCACACAGGACUUCUCCUGUUUUCAGAAACAGAAUUGACAUUUCUCCCGGAAGAAAAGUGUGUGGAGACAGGGCAAUAUAUGUUACCAGGCUAACUCAUUUUGAAAAUUCAGACGAGAUUUCGGUACAGAAAGGCCUUCAGUUUUGUAAUAGCUGCAAACUUUGAAGCUAAACGUGGGUCAAGAGCAGUCAUUCUAAGUUGAACAUAACUUAAUCAAAGAGCUUAAGAGAAUAUUUCUGCUGUUUAAGUUGAAAUUAUGAAUUAAAAAAAACAUGACAAGGAUUGCUUUUGUUGUGUUUAGAGAUUUGCCAUGAGCAUGGUUUGUUUAGAAAAGCCUUGAAAAGAAGUCAUUAAUACAAUAACGGAAAAAUCCAAGCCAGGGUAUCUCGCUCCUUCUUUUUGGUGUUCUGGUGUAGGCAACUAGACAUGGAUAAGCUCUUGCUGAAUUAGGAAUUAGUAAACUUCAACUGCUCGUAUUGUCCAUGACUACCAAGAAAUACGAUAUUCCUGAGAAACAAACAUGAACAUCUGAUAACUCAUCAGUUUUUUUCCCUAUAAACGAACACCUGUAGUAUUUUCCUGCUUAAGGUCAUCAUUUUUGUAUUGACAGUCUAUCUGAUAAUAGAACAUAAAUUUGAUGUCUUUGCAGCAUAUGAUUAUAUGGUCUAUAACUGAAUGAGAAGAAAAAUCACAGUUACCUCAGUCAAAAUGGAUGAAGAUUAAUGAAAGGGGAAAAGAUCAGGUUUAUUGGUCUUUCUUGAAGAGAAAACUUUGGUCAUUUUCUGCUUUCUGUGGCAAUACAAAGAUUCCAGGGAAAAAGCUACAUACCACUAAAACUACUCAAUUUGAAAAUGCGUAAGACAUGUCUGUUGCUAGAAUUCACAAUUACAGUAGCUAAAAUAUUUUGUGACUUGCAAGUACAAACUAAUUCUUGAAGAUAAACCAGAAUUUAGCUGGGAGAAGGAAUGAUUUACAUAGUUAAGUUACUACUUUAGUCUAUGAUACCUGCUUGUGUAGCUUUUAGCUACCAAUACUUGUAAAGGUAACCAGAAUAAUUGAUUUUUACAUAGCAGUUGCAAGGAUGUGUUUUGGCAGAACAGAUCUGGUGAAGCUAUGCUGCUCAAUGAGAGACAGUUACCAGAGCUGGCUUUUGUUUGUUUGUUGGUUGGGUUUCUUUUGUUGUUGUUGUGUUUGGUUGGUUGGUUUUGUUUUAUUUUUUUUUCUUAAAGAUGUAUGUUGAAUGCAAAAAGAGCAUUUGGACAAACAAGGAACAAGAAUAUUUUUUUCAUUCUCCAUUUCACUUUCAGGAAUGGUUUAUUUUGCUAUUUUUCAUUUCAAAUCAACACUUUAAGAGUAAAUUAAGUUACGUUAAAUUGAACAAACGCAGAAGCAAAACUGUUUGUAAUAGCUUGUUGCUUUUCUGGAUGUGCUUUUGGUUUGGGUAGAUUCAAGACUAUUUUGGUUUGUUUUGCAUUGUUCUUUGCCUCUUUGCUUUCCCCUCCAUCUACUCAUUGAGCUCCAACGACCAGUGACUCAUACCACUCCAAGGCUGUUGUCUUAUGCAAACAGCUUCUUCUUUCUCAAGGACUUCCAUGAAACCCAUUUUUACCUUUUUUUCUUUGUCAGUAAUGCAGAUGAAGAAGUUGACAGGAACUGUAGAGUUAUAUAUAGUUUUACAAGCAAGAACUUAAGUAGUUGGGCAUACUGACUUCAAGGAGACAGUCAGGAUUUAAAAAUAAAUAAAUAAAAAACAAACAAAGAAAAAAAAUACCAUGACUAGGAAAUGAAGAACAUUUCGUUGUUGCUGCAUUUGUGAAAAUGAUAGUGAUUUUUAUUAUACGUAACAUUUUUUCUCAAAGUGACUACAGCUGAAUGUGAUUCAUGCAGAUGAGCUGUGGUGGUGUGUGGUUUGUUGUUGUUCCCCCCCUGCCCCUUUCCUGCUAGUGGACAAGAAAGAAUCGAAGUGCAGGGAGUUUUUUUAUUACUGCAUGUAAUUACGGUCUCUUUGAAUAGCCUGCCUGCCAGGUUUGUUAAGAAUCUUACUUAGAUGGCACUGUUAGUUUCCUCUGUUAAUAAAAUAUUGCCAAAUAAUAGCUUGAAAACUGAGGUAAAGUUGCACUGAUAGCUGAGCUGAUUUAACAGCUUAAUGCUGCUAAACAAAAAAUCUUCCUCUUUUCUACAUGUGUGUCUUCCCCCUCCCCUUGUAUAAGCUCCACUUGCAUGCUCUAAGAUGCUGCAAUUCACUAAACUAUGAGAAUACCAGACCAAAAAUAAGUUCUUUGCCAGGUUAUAGAACUGGAUCAGCUCAGCACAAGGUCCAAAAAGCACCAAAAAUAGCUUAAUACCGGAAGAGAUCACAGAACUAAAAUUUAGCACGUGAGGUGGAAGGAAGGGUUAGUGAUUUGAUGAGGAUCCGAUUCUUCAGCUUUUGGUGAAAGUGAGCUAUUAAAUUGUCUUACCUGCAUGUAAUACUACUGUUUAAGAAGCUGAAUUGUACAAUGUGUUCUUCAGGAGAAAAUCAGUGCCCAGAAAUUGUCGUUAAUUCCUCUGAGUCAAUGUAAUAUGUGUGCCCUCCCCCCUAGUCAAAACUAAAUGAAUGAUUUGAUUUGAUCUGGCCUCUUGAAUGACUUCACGUAUUCUCUUGCGAUCCAUAUGUUAUUUUAUUUUAU